AUGGAAGACGACGAUUUCUCCUACUCAUAAAGAGAUGAAAGAAACAAACGCUAUGAUAGUGAUAACUAUAAAAAGCGUAAUAACGUUAUUGAAACUUAGAAAAGAUAGGAGUAGAUGGCCAAAAGAAAUGAAUAAAGAUAAGGAACUGUAAAUCAAGAUGAUUCCUUUGAAUCAGAUGAUGAUAAUAAGAAAAAGGGAAAGAAAAAAUAAGAACCUACAAAAAUGUCUAAAGAAGAAAAGUAAAAAUUGUAUGAAUAAGAUAUGGAAAGCUGUGCAAAAGCCUAAAAAGGAAAAAAGAAAAAUAUCUGA